CACUUAUCCCCGUGUCGUCGGGCGGCGAUUGCAGCUCCUCUUUCUGUGCCUCGGUCGGUGACUCCGCAUUGUCGGACAUUUUAGGCUACGACUGCGUGUAACAGUAACCUGAAAGCAGAAAGGGGCGUUCGCGUCUUGCUACUACGCUGAUUGGCUUACAGAAACGUCAAUCGUUUAGAUGCCUUAAUCUCAUUGGCUGUUUGGCUAUUGGGGGCGUGGUUUAUACAACUGCUUGAACUUCCGCCGUCUUGCUUCUCUUUGUUUACUUUGCUCUUUGGAGAAGCCACAUGGUAGCAGUUUAAGAGUGCAGUGUAACUUCUCACCCACUGACACGCAGGACAGCAACAUGGCAGGCGUGGGCAGACUGUCCAGCAAGGACGCGGUGCUCCUUCUGUGCGACAUGCAGGAAAAGUUCCGGCCCAACAUCUUCCAGUUCACCAACAUCGUCAGCAACGCGGCCAGGUUGCUUCAGGCCAGCCGGGUUCUGGGCAUCCCCGCCAUCCUGACGGAGCAGUACCCCAAAGGUUUGGGACCCACGGUGCCGGAGCUGGGGGCCGGGGAUCUGAAGCCGCACGCCAAAACAUCCUUCACCAUGAUGAGCGAGGACGUGGUCGGGGAGCUGCAGGCCUUGGGGAACCCCAAACUAGCCAUCCUCUGCGGGAUCGAGGCGCACGCUUGCAUCGCGUGCACGACCUUCGACCUGCUGGAAAAGGGAAUGGAGGUCCACAUCGUGGCUGAUGCCGUGUCAUCGCGGAGCCAGACAGACCGCCUGUUCGCGCUGUCCCGCCUGAGGCAGAGCGGCGCUUUCCUCACCACCACCGAGGCCGUCCUGCUGCAGCUGGUCCAGGACGCACGGCACCCCAACUUUAAGGAGAUUCAGACGCUCAUGAUGCAGCCGUCCCCCGACACCGGCCUGCUGGCCUUCUUCAGCGCCCUCUAGGAAGACCACCCUGCAGGACUGGGUCUCCCUGCAGGACUAGGUCUCCCUGCAGGACUGGGUCCCCCUGCAGGACUGGGGUCUCCAAAGUCCUCAAGCAAUAAAGACAUACUCGAAUUUCCCGCCUGU